AUGUCUGGAAUUUCACAGGUGAGUGAGGGGUUUUUGACCAGAAAGGACAAGACAACAAAAACAAGUCACUUUUUCUGUCAGAUGACUUGAUUUGGGCUAUUUUUAGGAUAGUUCUGAUUUCAUGUGAUAAACUUUAGUCUAGGCUAAAUAUAGGUGAUUUUUGGCGCGAAAAAUACAUUUUUUAAAGAAAAAAAGCAAGCAAAAAUAUUUUGAACGUGACAUUUCUGAAUAUCUAGGAAAAAAAUAAUUUUUUGGUUAUUUUUGAAUUUUUAUUUCGGUGGAAAAUGCGUGGAUUUUGAAAAUUUCGGAAAUUUUGUGAGUUUUCAAGCCCAAAAUCCACCCGGCAGAGUUCAGAACUGCUGAAAAAACUGGCCUGGAAUUGACAGAAAUUUGAAAAUUUUCUGAUUUUUUAAACUAAAAUUUGUAAAUCGUAAAAUUUGGCACCACCAAACAGAUGUCGUUGAACGCGUUGCGGUCAAGCGCUGCGUGUUUCAUCAUUUUAGAGUAAACUGUUUGAAAAUGGUUGAAAAACACGCAGCGCGCGACCGCAACGCGUGCCACGUGGAAAAUUCUCUCCAAAUUCAAAAUUCACAGGUCUCACUGGUACAUUCAUCGGAUUCAAUUCGAGCCGUGCCAGGAUCUUCCGGAACACUACCAAGGGUGAGUUUUUUAUCAUUUUUUAUCAAAAAAAAAUUCCAAAAAUCUAUUUUUUUGCCCAAAAAAAUCAUAAAUCUAGUGGUUUUUUGAUAAUCAGACUGAUUAAAAAAACUCGAUAAACUUGUCAAUUUUCGGGGAAAUUUUUCGAAUUUUUCUCUGAUUGAUUUGUGACGAAAAAAAUGUUGAAAAAUCACAUUUUGAACAAUUUUUUUGCGAUUUUGAUGAUAGCAAAAAAUUUGACCUUGUUUUUCGCAAUUUCGAAUUCGAAAUUGAAAAAUUGAAAAUUCCGUGAAACGGAUAUUUUUCGCCCAAUUUUUGAUACAUGAUAUCGCAGUGUGUUCACUUUUUCUUUCUAAUCGCUUCAUUUUUGCGUGCGUUGUAAUAAUUUGUAGUGGACUUGGAUGACAAAAUUCUUUCUCCCCCUUUUUAUUAUCAGUUUUUGCCACUGGGUUCAGACUGAUAGAUUAUAUAGAUUGUAUAGUUUUUGGGUGGCGGAAAAAAUUAUUUUUUUUUAAAAAUUAUGGCUGAAAAUUUCUAGGAUCCACGUGGAUUCCAUGACGCUUGAAAGAAGGGUUUCAGCUCGAUGUUCUUGCUGUGCCACGUGGAUUUUUGACUUGAAAUUUUCUCAUCAUUUUUAAUUUUUGCAAGACUAAAUUUAUUUGAAUUUGAAAAAUAAAAACCUGAAUUUUUCGUUUCAAUUUUGCCACGUGGGUUUUUUUUUCUUUUUUGAAAACUGAAUUUUUAAUUCUUAAGGCUAGACAAUUUGAAUUUCUCGCUGAAAAAAAAUGACGUCAUCAUUUUGAGCGCGAAAAUUAAGAAAUUCAAAUAUUCUUGAAAAAUUUGAAUUUCAUCAUUUUUAGCGCGAAAAUUGAGAAAUUCAAAUUUUGUUGAAUUUUGAGAGCGAAAUUUUAAAAAUUCAAAAAUUUUUGUGAAUUAAGUCAAAAUUAGCCAUAGUUUUUGGGGAAAAAAAUUUUUAUUUACAAAUAUUUGGAUUUCUCUACAAAUUUUCAAAUUUUGGAUCACCCGAAGAAAUUCCAGCUCCUAAAAUUGAUUUUCGAGAUUUUUCAUCUCUAAAUCUCAUUGAUCCAAUACCAAAAAUCAAAAAUCCGCCUAAUUUCUGAUCAACAAACGGAACAAGUUUCCUUCCAACUUGAUAAUGAUGAAAAAUGAGAUGAUCGGUGUCAAAAUCAACACUUUUUCUUCUUUUUUUUCACAAAAUAUACGGCUUUCUUUGUAAAUCUGAUCACACCUGUACAGAUUUCUCAUUCAUUUUUUCUACCUCAAAACGUCUAUGUUACACUGCGUUUUGAUUUGAUAUGUUUUUUUGUUGUUAUUUCAUUUGAUGAGAAAUCAAAUCAAAUCAGAUUUUUAUGAUGUUACACACACACAAAAAAUGAUGUGAUUUUAUUUAUUUUUUCUUUUCGAAAAAAAAUGUCAUUUUUUUUGUUCGAUUGACCUUUUCAUCCCAGUUCGUUUACUGUUGUCUUAACAUGAGUCAUUGGAUGAUUAAUUGAUUCGAUUUCAAAUAAAACAAAUGAAUUUGAAAGAACAGAACUAGUUUCGGUUUUUUUUCUCUGAUUGUGAGAAAAGUGCUUUUAAAUGGGGUUUUUUUUGUGGUUUUGGAGGUACUGUAGAGAGUACUGUACUUUGUAGUUCGAGAUACGGUACCUUGAACUAGAGACUUCUUAGCUUUGCAGUUUGGCUACUGUAAUGCAAAGACUACGCUUGAAAUCUUGCAUUUCUGGUACUGUAAUUCAUACGUUAUGUUGGCGCUUUUGCAGUUCGUAUUAUUGUACCUGAAAAUUUGAGAUUCGCAAUUUUGCAGUCUGAGUACUGUAUUUUGUGCUUGAAUUCUUUUUAGUUUUGGUACUGUACCUCAUUAUCUAGGCAUCAAAAUUUGCAGUUAGUGAUACUGUACCUCAAAACCUUGGCUUAGAAUCUUGCAGUCCGGAUUACUGUACUCUAGAAAUUAGUAAUAGCUUAAUAUUUUGCAGUUUGUGAUACUGUACCUCAAAACGUCGGCUCAGAAUCUUACAGUUCUGAUUACUGUAGUCUAGAAAUUAGUAGGCUUGAGAUUUUGCAGUUCUGGUACUGUAGCCAGAAUUCAGCUUCAAAAUCGUUUUAGAACUUACUAGCUUUAGGUACAUUUUUGGAGUCUGAAUGCGGUAGUUCAAACUACAAAUUUGAUAUCGUUUUUCUCGCAGUUUCAAUUUUUAUUGAUACUCAAUUUAUUAUCCCCUUGCAGUUCGAACUACUGUACAAAUUUUCCACAUCAUUUUCUGAUCUACCCCACAAAAUAUAAAUGUAAAAUAUACCAAUGUAACAUUAAUGUUAUUUUUUUUUGCAUAAGAAAAGAAUGAAAUCAGCUUCCGAUUAAUCGCUUGAGAAAAAAUUGCGCUAAACCAGUUUGUAUCUAUCUUCUGGUCUAGUCUAGCGCUAUUUUUUCUCCACUUUUUUUGCCUCAGAAAAUGAACAUGUUUUUUUUAACUGUACAUUGAAAAUGAACUUAUCAUAAGUUAACCUAUUGCUUGCUUUAUGAACAAUUGAUAAUUAAUUAUGUUAAUUAAUUAAUUAAUUACUUUCUCUUCCUCUCCGCCUCCUUCUUCUGGAAGAUAAUCACCUUUAUUUGAAGAUGAACAAUGAAGUCUCAUGCUGUGUGAGUGUGAACACCGCAUUUCACUUUUUCCUGCCAAUUUUUCUCCGGCGAAACCAGAUUUUGGCAAGAAAAUAAUUUUGGUCUCAAUUUUUGAUAAUACUGAAAAAAAAGUUAUCGGUUUUGGUUUUUGGAAAACUGGUUUUCUCUCUGGAAAUUUCUUCUUCGGAACCCAAUCGACAUUGAUUUUGCGUCUUCUUUAAUCGGAAAAGGCUACGUGGAUUUUUCUAGAAAUUUUUUUGGGUUUCUGGAAAAGUCCUUGAAGUUUUCGCGAAGUUUUAGGUGACUACAGUACUCCUAAUCCACGUGGAAAUUUUUCUAGUGGGUGAUCAAUAUUUUGAGAACUAGAAUCUAGUUUGAAUUCAUCGAAAGCCACGUAGACAAUUUUUUCGCUCCAGAAAUCCACGUGGAAUUUUUUUCCAGAAUAGCUUUGAAAUUCAGGCGGUCCACAAAAAGUUUUGAAGCUCUCAAAUAGUUUUCCUGAAAAAAAUCCACGUGGAAUUUUCUUAUGGUAGGUCAAUUUUCGUCUCCGGAAUACCCUGAAAUCCAUGUGGCAAACUUUCUAGACAAAAUUUCAAGUGUUUCUUUUUCUUAUUUAUGAUCUUGAAAACUUUGAAACCACAUUUUAUUAUAAGGUCAAAUUUAAAAGCCCUUGAAGAUUGCCCUUCUUCUUUUCCAACACAACCCUUGAACUUUUCUGCCUUCUCUGCGUCUCUCACUCUCUCGCCGUCUCGCCGUGUAGUUCUUUUGGAACAAACCCGAAUCAAGACUUUCAUUGAACAAAUGCAAUUCAAUUCAAUUGAAUUCAAUUACCACAAAUUUGCCGAUAUCUUUUUUUUCCUCCUCCCCACGUGUCUGCGUCUCUCUGUCCUCCACACUCUCUCAUCGGCUUUUCUUCGCUGUUUUGUCCUGUUCUGUUCCGAAAUUCGCUCUCGCUCAAGUGUGUUGUUGCUGCUAUCCUCCUAAAUGUUUUCGUAUUUGUUUUUGAGUUUUUUCCGCGAUCGCCGCCGCGCGGAAGCUGUUUCGAUUCGAUUCUUUUGUCUCAUUUAAUUUCCGCUUCUCUGGUAUUCAUGUUGAAAUUUGCUCACACACUGUGUGCAAAAAUUUUUCUACUAUGUUUAGUGAAAUUUGAGAAGCCGUGGGUAAUUUGAGAGUGAUUUUUUUCGUUGAAAAUUGUUGCUGGGUUUUUUUGUCGUGAUUUUGAAACGUGGAUUUGGAUUUUAAUUCGAUCUAGAGCCUUAGAAGCACUGAAAGCAGAAGCACCUAUUCUGAUUUUCAAGGCACCGCCCCUUGACAGGUUUUUCAGAGCUCUAGAAGCCUUAUAACAUUCUAAAUAAAAAUUCAAAUUAAAAGCCUGCUCUUAGCAAAGUGUUGUUCUCUAAAGGCGCGGCUGCUUGACAGUUAGAGCUCUAGGCGCCAACCCUUUACGUGCUUACAAGCAACCGUCGCUUAUUGUUCAAUUUUUCCGAUCAGAAGGCUUCGUCCCUUGGUAGCUAUACCUUGUUUCUAGCAUUCAUCACUUGACAAUCCCACUUCUCUUCUAGCUUUUGUCCCUUGGCAGCUAUACCUCAUUUCAAGCAGCCAUCCCUUGACACCCAUAUUUUUCUCGGUUUCAAGGCGCCACGCCUUGUUUUUUUGUUGUCUUUCUCAUUUUCACUUCUAAAAUCAGCUUACUAGGUCAAACAUAUCUCUAUUUCAUAUCGUAGUGCGCAAUCUUCUUGAUUCUAACCUCGACCUUUUUUUCUUCAUUUUUCGAAAAAGUUUUGUUUGUGUUGUGUGUUUUCAAGAAAUGUUCAAACCUCAUAAUUAUCGUCUUUUCUUGUGUUUUUGUCCAGAAAACCCUGUAAUUUUCCUGAAUUUAAAAUCAAAAAACAAUUUUUCGGUGGAAGGUUGAAAACCCGUUUCGUUUCGGUUUGGUUCUAAUUUUUACGACCGAUAUAUAACAUUUUUACUAAUUGGAUCAACAUGAAAUUUGUGUGUGUAUCUUUUUCUUCUCAAUUUUCUCCUCGAUUAUUUCCAUAUAGAUUUAAUUUAUUGUUGUUGUUGUUGUUUUUUAGAGGAGAAAACCUGUCUUCUUUUUUGGAUUUGGUGAUUUUUUGCCUAUUGCGAGGGUUUCACGUGGCAUUUUUUGACCUAGAAAUAGUUUUCAGUCGAAUUUUUGAAAUUCAGUACUUGCUUAAUCCAAAGGAAUUUCCAGAAUUCCUCAUUUUUCGAGCUGAAAUUAAAUUUGUUUUGAAUUUAAGUCGUAAUUGAAAUAAAAUAAAAAAAUGUUCAACCUGAAAUUAACUUUGAAUUUGAAUUUUGAAAAACAGUGCUUGAAUUUGCUGUAAUAAAAAAUAUCUCGAUCAAAUCUUUGCCACGUGGAUUUCUGCAGAAUAAUUUUGAUCUACCUGGAAAAUUGUGCCACGUGGAUUUUUGUUUUGAAAAAUUUUCCGAAUUCAUUUUUUUGUUCUCUAAAAACUUGUCAAUCAAAAACAAUAUAAAUUCCAAACCCACAAUUAUUAGUUUUUUUCGCCUAGUUUUUGAUUUUUCUCACUCAUCCGUCCGUCCAAACAAAAACUGACACUUUUUGUUAUUUUUUUCGCGGGAAAAAGUUUGAAUUUUUUCCCUUCGUUGUUCUUUGUCUAAUCCAUCAUUUUCUCUCUCUCUCUCCGACUUUUUUCUACAUUUUUUCGUUUUUUUUCGGGAAGGGCAAGAAGUUUGCUCUUUUUUUGUUCUGGGAUUUUUUGCAAUCAAAAGCUUGUGAUUUUGAACCUAAAUUUGAAUUUUUAAAAUAAAAUCUAAUUUUUCUAGUUUUUCUGUUUAAAAAAAUCGGCUGAUUCUCAAAUUUCUCUUCAAAAUAUACCUCCCAAAUUUUUCAGAUGUCCAAACCACCACCAGUCCGAAUUCCCCAACAAAUUCAUCGACCCCAACACGUCAUUCCAACAAUGUCCGUUCAGCCAAUCAAUCAGCAGCAGCAUCAGCAAAAAUAUCAGCAACAUCCACACAUUUAUCAGCAGCAUCAGCAGCAGAACCAGCAAAAAUCGGCUGAAAUGUUGCAACGUGUUCGAGCUGUUCGCCGACAAGUCGCCGAUGAAGAAAGCGAGUUGAGAAGAUUGAGAGAGCUGGAAAAUGAGACGGCGAUGUUGCGAAUGCGAAAUGUGACGAGAGAAAGGGAGUUGACGUCGGAAGUGAUGAAGUUGGGAGAGGAUCAGGCGAUGUUGAGGAAUGCCACGUUGAGGGUUCAGCAAUUGACUAGACAUGUGAGUUUUUUGAAGGGGAACAUUUAUGAAUGUUGUUAAAGCUUGUGAAAAUUUGGAGUUUCAGAAAAUGUUCCAAAUAUUUUCUAUCAAAAAUUUGAAAUUUGAAAAUUUGUGAAGAAAUUUUGAUAUUCUGAAGCUUGAGAAAUUCAAGAUCCUUGAAUUCAAAUUCAGAAAACCUUCCAAAAUUUUCGAAUUUUCGAUUAAAAAAUAGCGAAUUCAGAAGUUUGAAGGAAAUUUUGAGAUUCCGGAAUUUUUCAAAAAACAAGCAUUUUUUUAGAAUUUUUUAUCUUCAUUUUUAUUAAAUUUAUGAUGAGAAAUCCAGGAUAUUAUCAGAAAAUUUGGAUUUUAUUCUAAUUUUUCAUUCAAAAUCUUCUUUCUUGAAAUUGAAGACUCUAAAAACAAAGAUCAGUUUUCCACCUGAUUUUGAAUUACAGUAAUUUUUAUGCACUUAUUUUUAUAGUAUCUCUACAUUUCCAUGGAAAUGUAGUCAUAUUUUUUUUGCUGAAAAUUUACUGUAAUUUUUUUUGGUAUAAAUUUAGAUUUUUCUAUUAGUUUUAGGUCUAUCUAGAAUUUUUUUUUAUCUGAAAAUUUCCAAUUUAAAAUCACCUGUCAAAAAAUUGUUUCUGAUUUUUGAUCUGAAUUUUUUCACCUGUUUUUUUCGCAUGAUUUUUUUUUUGAAAAUUCUAUUUUUGUUCUCUUUUGAAAAAAAAACUUUUUUGGUUAAAAAUCAGAUCUUUCUAAAAUAAAUCCUAGAACAUUUUUUGAAAAAUCAAUUUUUUUGCUUUGAAAAACUUAAUUUUCGAAAUUUCGCUUUUUUUUUGUUAAAAAUCAGAUCUUUCUAAAAUCCUAGAAAAUUCAAAAAAAAAUAUUUUUUGCAGCUCGAAGAAAUGUACAAACGACGUCAGACAGCUGCGGCUGCCGCACUCGUCGAACAUCGCAAAAUGCACCAACAACAAAACGCCCAAAAGCAGCUGGAAAUUGUGCGACCUCGCGCAUCAGUCGAACCCUUCCAAGUUACCGCAACUCCACAAAUCUUGCCACAAGAAGAGCACAUUGAAAAAGAGCCGGAAAAGAUCAUCGAAAAAGGGGAGGAUUUGAUUGAUGGAAGUGGAAUUCCAGCCGAACCCGCCUAUUUGGCUCCCGGAGCAGGAUUGAGCACUUUCUCAGCGAUUCCGGUUGUUACCACGACUUUUGAGCAGAAGAUCAAUUCGUCGACACAGAGUAGAGAUUCGCCGUCGAUUCCUGUGUCAUUUGGAGAUUCGCUGGAUGAAUCGAAACUUCGAAGCGGAAAAACUGACCUAGUCUCCCUGAGAUCUGACUCGCUCAAGGCUACCAAAAGAAGAUCUUGGGCUGCAUCGGAGGGAACAUCGAUGUCUGAAGCGGAGAUGAUUCAUCGACUUUUGGAUGAGCAACGAAGAGGAAGAUCGCAUUUCAUCCCACAACUUCCGACCCCACAAGAGGAACCUGAACCAGUUCUGAAAGAGCAGAAGGAAGUCAAGGAAUCUGAAGAUACUACGACUGAGGAAUCUUGUUCGUCAACAACAUCUGCGAGAAGUGAAGAUGAGGAGAGUGAGAUUGAGGAGAAGGUGAAGAUCAAGAGCAUUAAGGGAAUCUUGAGAAGACCCAAUGAGAAGAUGAAUAAAGGAAGAAUCGAAUUUGAUCCACUGGCAUUGCUUCUUGAUUCGGCUUUGGAGGGAGAAUUGGAUUUGGUACGAACAAGCGCGGAGAAAUUGGGCGAUGUUUCGUUGGCGAAUGAUGAGGGAAUCACGGCACUUCAUAAUGCGAUUUGCGCGGGACACUAUGAGAUUGUGAGAUUCUUGAUUGAACAUGAUGCAGAUGUGAAUGCGCAGGAUUCGGAUGGCUGGACGCCGUUGCAUUGCGCGGCGAGCUGCAAUAAUCUCCCGAUGGUCAGGCAACUUGUUGAGGGAGGGGGUUGUGUUUUGGCGUCGACGCUCAGCGAUAUGGAAACACCGAUUGAGAAGUGUGAAGAGGAGGAGGAUGGUUAUGAUGGUUGCCUGAAGUAUUUGCUGGCUGCACAUAAUUCGACGGGAACUAUCAAUGAGGCGAGGGUGUAUGCGGCAUAUUCGUAUGAGGCGGGAUUUGAGGAUGAGUUGAGCUUUGAGGCUGGAGAUGAGUUGGUUGUGUUGAGCAAGGAUGAUGUGGAUAAGGUAUGGUUUUUGGGCCUCGAAAGGGUUUUUUGUCAAAUUUCGAAAAGAUCUGAUAGUUUUUGUUAGAAAAUCUGAAUUUUUCAUAUUAUUUUGUUGCAGAAAAAUUAUAAAAUUUUCUGAAAAAUCUCAAGCAAAAGCUCUGAAUUUCAAUUUUUCAGGUUUUUGGGCUUCAAAAGGGUUUUGUCAUAAUAUCAAGGAGAAUUGAAAGUUUUUGUUAGAAAAUUUGAGAUUUUUUCAUAUUUUUGUUUAAGAAAAAGCUCUGAAUUUCAAUUUUUUAGUUUUUGGGCUUCAAAAGGGUUUUGUCAAAUUUCAAAAAGGGAUUUUCUCAAUCGAUCAGAAAAGUCCGAAAAGCAAAAAGAAAACAAAUUGAAUUUUGAAAAUUCUAAAAUUUCAGAAAAAAACUGAAAAGAAAUUCAAUAAAUUUGCCCACAAAUUUAAUUUUUUUCUGAAAAUUCCCAUUUUUGAAUUUUGAAAAUUCAAUUUUGAGAAGAUUCUAAAAUUUCAGAAAAUAAAGCUCAGAAAGCUCAGCUUAAUUUAAUGAUUUUUUUAAAAUCUAAAAAUUGUGAGCCGAAAUUAUAGAGUUUCAGGAUUUUUUUUUCAAGAAGAACUGAAAGUUUUUGUUAGAAAAUAUGAAUUUUUUCAUAUUUUUUGUUAAAAUCCAGCAUUUUUACAUUUUAAAUUUUAAGAUUUUAAGAAAAAGCUCUAAAAUUCAUUUUUCUACAUUUUUCAGAAAUUUUACAAUUUCGAUUCAAAACCUUCAGUUCCAGGUUAAAAAAAAGUAAUUUUUUGAAAAAUUUUCAAAAAAUCAAUUUUUGGUUUUUUCUCUGAAUUUUUGUUGAAAAAAUGUUUCAUAAUAAAAAAAAAUCAUUUUUUGAAAAUGAAAUGUCGAGGCUUACACGUUCACGUCAAAAUUCACUAUUUUUCAUCUCCAAAUUUCCCCCAUUUUCCCCCUCUGAAAAUUCCGAACUCCCGAUAUUUUCAGCAUUGGUGGACGUGUCGAAAACCAUCUGGCGAAACCGGUCUGGUGCCCCGAACCUAUUUGGCUCUUUACCCGGCUCUCAAAUAUCGCAAAAAUUUGAACUUUGUCAUGUUCGAUCUACCGCUCGAAUCCAACAACAAUAAUCUACAAUAG